AUGAACGUUUUUGCCCGGUCUGCUCGUGUUGCCGUUGCCGCUGCCAAGCCUGCUCGUCUUGCUCGCUUCUACGCUUCCGAGGCCUCUGUCACUGACAAGCUUCGUUUGACCUUUGUCUUGCCCCACAAGGCCAUCUACAAGGCCACCGAUGUCCAGCAGGUCAACUUGGCUGCCACUUCCGGUGACAUGGGUAUCCUUGCCAACCACGUCCCCACCAUUGAGCAGCUCAACCCCGGUGUUGUCGAGGUUGUCGAGUCUGCCGAAGUGACCAAGAAGUUCUUUGUCUCCGGUGGUUUCGCUACCAUCAACCCUGACUCCUCCCUCAACAUCAACGCCGUCGAGGCCGCUCCCCUUGAGGAUUUCUCUCUCGAGAAUGUCCAGGCUGGUCUUGCUGAGGCCCAGCGUGCCCUUGCUGGUAACGGUUCCGAGGUCGAGAAGGCCGAGGCUAAGAUUGAGGUCGAGUUCUACGAGGCCCUCCAGUCUGCCUUGACCAAAUAA